UUCAAGUGCGCACACGAGACGCGCUCCAUUCUCGAGAUCUGUUUGAGAAACUCCUAAGGAAAUACCCAUUAGAGCACCAGCUUCUUUUAUUGUUCUCCACGGCAAAAUGCUGUCAACAACGAGCUCUUUCACCGCCCACCUUUUGUUGUUAUUUGGUGGCCUGCUGCUAACUCAUCACUGUGUCCAAGGUCAGGCGAGUAAAGUGUCCUCCAAGUUGGAUUUCGAUGAGAGCGAUGGCAGCAACAAUCAGACCGGAUUACCCGGGCAGCCAGGACAGGUGGGCGGAACUGGGAUGAACGGGAGCUACGACCCGGGAACAGGACGAAGUUUAAGUGGAGGCGGGGGCUCUGGUAAUUCCGGAGGGGGCGGCAGUGGAACAACCAGCGGGGGAAAUCGACCCAAGAUCCAUGGAGUUCGGGUCACCGUCGAUACCGGCGAUGGACAGCAGCAAACGAAAGAGUCCAAGGAGAGCGUGGAAAUUACGGAUUUGGGCAAGCACAAGAAGCGUGUGGGCAUCCACACGGACAUCACGUUCGAGAUAACCUCCGAUCCGGAUGGAAACGAGACCAGUUCCGCUCAGCAACAGGGCGACAAGGAGGACGCCAGUGUUCCCAUCUACAAGGGUCGUGGUGGUAGCGACUCCAAGCACAAGACCCGAAAGCCGUAUGAUCCCAAAUCCCAGUGGAAUCCGAACUUCUCCGGCGAGCAGCGUGGCUACCAAGGAGGAAAUCGAGGUGGCUAUCAGGGAUCAGGAUCCAAUCGCGGUGACUACUAUCCGCAAUACUAUCCGGAGAACGUCUACACCAGCGGAGGUUCCGAUGCGGGCAGCAUCUACAGGAACGGUGAGACGUGGACGCACUACGUCCCGGUUUGGACCACGGAGCGGGUGCCGCAGGAGCAGGGCCAGAUCUAUCGACGGCCCAGUUGGAAGCCCUGCUACUGCAUGUCCUCUGCGGAUUUCAGGCGUCGUCGGGAUAGCAAAGCCAGAAGAGAGCCGGCGGAUCACCAUAAGGAUGUCAUCAACAGCGGCGUCGUCCAGGUGGUGGAUGGAAAACUGGAGAGACCCUUCUCCUGAGGGAGGAGCCCUCCCCUCCGAUCACACUUCCUCCUAGC